CCAAACUUAAAACCUCAUACUUAAUAAAAAAAAAUAUUAAAAGAUAAAGCGAGUGGAAAAAUCACUCCCUAUAUUUUUUAUAUUUUAAAUUUGGGAUGUUCUUCUGUUUAUAUUCCACAUGUCUCACUUCCUCACACCCUCUAAAGCCUCUGACCCAACUCUAUUUAUAAUCCUCUCAUUUUCUCAACAUCCUUGCAACCCUCAGUUCAGAAACACAAUGGCAGCAGUUCCAAACAUUGCUGCUGAUGAUGAACAAGAAAGAGUACUUCUUGACGAAGAUUUUGCCUCCGACGCUGACGAAUUGGAGGAAGAACAAGAAGAAGAUGAAGAGGAAGAAGUGUCACUCUGUGAUCUUCCAGUGAAUUUGAUCAAACAGGAUCAAACACAAUUUUCCAAUCUCAAUCUCAAAUCUGAGUCUUCCCAUGUCGCCAUUGAAAAGCAAGAUCAAGAAUUUGAUUUCUGUUCGUCGAAGCGUGGCGGGUUGAAUAAUUUGUUGGCAGACACAAAAAUGUGUGCUGCAGAUGAAGUGUUCUUCCAAGGCCAAAUUCUACCUCUCCGCCUCUCCAUCAGCUCAGAUACCCACUCCAACAGACCAACCAGUCAGUGUCCGUUGAGCGGUGUCGGGCUCAGAAGCAGCAGUUGCAGAAGCAGAAGUAGUCACAACUCAUCAUUCAGCAGCAGCACCAGCUCCACCACCACCACCACCACAACAGGCAUUGCUUCAAAGCCAAGAGCAACAAGACCAAGAAACCAAUUCUACACAGAACCAAGUCCAAAACUGCAAAUCAAAAUUCCGAAUUCUCGAUUAGAAAAGGCGGGCAGCCGGCAUCAUAAGUCCUCGAUGUGGGAUUUUUUCCGGUUGGGAUUGGUGCGCACUCCCGACAUGGAAUUGCAGGAUUUUAACAAGGUACUUCGUAGCAAUUGUAGUACCAGUACUCGAGCGAAUAACAACGCGAGAAAUUCCGUCAGUCGAAAUAGCAGCGUUAGUAGCACCAACAGUACAAGUUUCAUAUCCAGUUACAACAAUGCUGCUAGUGCUAUUAGUGGUUUGAAGCCGGAGAAUUUGAAACAGAAGAAGCAGAGCUUUUUUAGCAGUGUUCAUGGCUGCAAGUGCUCGAUCGAAACGGUGGCGUCUGAUAACGCGAUUUUCAAGAGCCGAUCGAGCAGCGGUAGGAGUACUAGUGCAAGUCACAUCAAUGAAGAUGGUGGUGUAAGAGCGGCAGCAGCUGCUUCGAUGCAUGCCGCGUCGGAAGAAAAAGUAGCGAUAGAGUUGAAGAUGAUGACGAGGAAGAAUAACAAGAAGCAGCAGCAAAGUUGUAAGCAAAAGGAAAAGCAGGCCCUUUCACAUCACAGAACGUAUGAAUGGCUAAAGCAGCAGUCGCAUGCAAACUCUCCUUUUCCUGUGCAUGUUUAAAGUUUAUGGCGGUGGUGAUGGUGGUCGACGACCGGUGGUGGGGAUAGGAAGUUAAAAAGGAAAAUGAUUUUUGUACGUCUCUUUUAUUUUUCUGCACACUCGUUUAUUUUUGUCCAUCGGUUCCACCAACACUAAGUUAUUUUCUGAUUGACAAA